AUGGCGUCACUGCUCGUUGAUAAAGAGUACCUCAAAGAAAUCGAGAAGGCUCGCUGUGAUCUCCGUGCUCUGAUAUACAGCAGAAGCUGUGCUCCCCUCAUGCUUCGCUUAGCAUGGCACGAUGCUGGCACCUACGACGCCAAGACGAAGACGGGUGGGCCUAAUGGGUCGAUUAGGACUGAGGAAGAGUACUCUCAUGGUUCUAAUAAUGGCUUGAAGAAGGCUAUUGAUUUUUGCGAGGAAGUGAAGUCUAAGCAUCCAAGGAUUUCAUAUGCAGACCUUUACCAGCUUGCGGGUGUUGUUGCAGUUGAGCUGACUGGAGGCCCCACCAUUGAUUUUUCUCCUGGCAGAAAGGAUUCAAAAAUCUCUCCUAAGGAAGGACGACUUCCAGAUGCUAAACGAGGUGCACCACAUCUGAGGGAAAAAUUCUACAGAAUGGGGUUGUCUGACAAGGAUAUUGUUGCACUAUCUGGGGGUCAUACACUGGGAAGGGCACAUCCCGAGAGAUCUGGUUUUGAUGGUCCUUGGACUAAGGAACCUCUGCAGUUCGAUAACUUAUACUUUGUGGAACUGUUAAAUGGGGAAUCAGAGGGGCUGUUGAAACUUCCAACAGAUGCAGCUUUAGUGGAAGAUCCUGAGUUCCGUAAAUAUGUUGAUCUGUAUGCGAAGGAUGAAGACGCAUUUUUUAGAGAUUAUGCUGAAUCACAUAAAAAACUUUCAGAGCUUGGGUUUACUCCAAUCUCCUCUUCUACUAAGACAGCAAAGGACAGCACCAUACUGGCACAAGGUGCAGUAGGAGUUGCAGUUGCUGCUGCUGUUGUGAUCCUAGGCUACUUGUAUGAAGCUAAGAAAAGACUGAAGUAG